AAUGCUUCUUUGUUUGCUCCUCAACCAAUCACUACAACUCUUGUUAUAUAUGGCCAACUUCUCAGCAACUCUAAUACACACAAAGGAAGAAGAGGUUUAAGGAGAGAGAGAGAGGUGGAGUUCAUGGAGUCAGUGGAGUUGGACUUGCUUGUUAAGGAGUUGAGGAACACUUUUGAGUCAGGGAAGACGAGAAGUUUUGAAUGGAGGAAAGCUCAGCUGAAAUCACUGUUGAAGUUAUUGGAAGAGAAGGAGGAGGACAUCUUCAUGGCACUUCAUAAAGACCUUGGCAAGCAUCAUGUUGAGGUCUUCAGGGAUGAGAUAGGUGCUUUGAUAAAGUCUGUGGAUUAUGCACUGGAUAAUUUGAAGACAUGGAUGACUGGAAAGAAGGCAUAUACUCCGUUGGCUGCGUUCCCUUCGUCGGCGGAGAUUGUGCCGGAGCCUCUGGGGGUUUUGCUUUUGUUCUCCUCAUGGAACUUCCCCAUAGGACUUUCUUUGGAACCAUUGAUUGGAGCUUUAUCUGCUGGAAAUGUUGUUGUUCUGAAACCUUCAGAAAUUGCUCCUGCAUCAUCUGAAUUUUUAGCAAAAAACAUUCCUUUAUAUCUUGACAAAAAAUCAGUGAAGGUUGUCCAGGGUUGCCAAAAAGUUGGAGAACAACUCCUGCAGUAUAAAUGGGAUAAAAUCUUCUUUACUGGUAGCAGUAGAGUUGGACGCAUUGUUAUGUCUGCUGCUGCAAAGCAUUUGACACCAGUUGCUCUUGAACUUGGAGGGAAAUGUCCAGCCAUUAUUGAUUCUCUAUCAAGGUCUACAGAUAGGCAGACAGCCAUUAAUCGAGUGGUUGGGGGAAAAUGGGGAUCUUGUUAUGGGCAAGCUUGUAUCGGAAUUGACUAUCUCUUUGUGGAAGAGAAAUUCUUAUCAGUCGUGAUUGACUUACUCAAGGCUACAAUCAAAAGAUUUUAUCCAAAACGCGAAUACAUGACGAAGAUUGUUACCAAGCAGCACUUUCAAAGGCUAAGCAGUCUUCUGAAAGAUCCUGAGGUUGCAGGAUCAAUUGUGUAUGGUGGUUCAAUUGACUCAGAUACAUUGUUUAUCGAGCCAACUAUCUUAGUCGAUCCACCACUCGAUUCUGAGAUCAUGACAGAAGAGAUAUUCGGUCCAUUACUCCCAAUUAUUACUCUGAAAAACAUCGAGGAUUGCAUAGGAUUUCUGCGGGGUAAGCCUAAACCUCUUGCAAUAUAUGCUUUCACACACAAUGAGAAUUUCAAAAAUCGCCUUGUCGCGGAGACAUCUUCAGGAUCCAUUAUUUUCAACGACGCAAUUGUACAGUAUCUUUGUGAUACAAUACCAUUUGGCGGAGUCGGUGCCAGUGGUUUCGGACACUACCAUGGCAAAUUCUCUUUUGAAUUGUUCAGCCAUGCAAAACCAGUUCUUAGAAGAAAUUUUUGGACUGAAUUUACAUUCAGAUAUCCACCAUGGGAUGAAGGCAAGCUGAAAUUUAUGAGAUUGCUCUACAGAUUUGAUUAUUUUGGAUUACUGCUUCUGAUGUUGGGAUUGAAGAGAUAAUUCUUUAAAGUGGGAAAGUUUGUUUAUGCCAGUGAUUACACAUGGAUAUUUGGGACUCAAUAUAUCUACAAAUGCAAAAGCUGCAAACUAUUUCAAUAAUGGCUUAAGUCUUGAUUUAUCAUCUUUGAUAUUUCUUCCUUAUUAUCAUAUUUUUCAUGAUUUCGGGCAUUAAUCAAGUACUAAUAAAAUCAGACAGACCUUUCUUUGAGAGGUUGAUUCCUUGUUCUGAUGUUAUUUUUUAAACAAAUUAAAAGAGUUAAAUCCAUCA